AUGAUGUUUCCUUUUUGCUCACUACUACUAUUGCUAUUAUCAUACAUAUCUUCAUCACUAAGUUUUAGUCCAGAAAUAUCAAUAUCGAUACAUGAUGAUUUUCCAGAAAUAGUAAGAUAUUUUGAUGAUUCAAGUAACAUUUUGACUUUGAAAAAUAAAAAAGCUUAUAUAUCAUAUGAUGAUGGGAAACUGUUUGAGCAAGUGAAAGGUAUUGAAGAAAAAGUGGUUCAAUUUGAGUUUGAUCCAUUUGUUAAAGAAAGAGCAUUCAUUAUAACUGCAACAAACAAUCAUUAUGUAACUCGUGAUAAAGGUAAAAAUUGGUCAAAAUUUGUAUCAAAUAUUUAUGAAUAUAAUGAAGAUGGAUUAGCUUCAAUACCGAAAAUGGAAUUUAAUGCCAAAAAUCCUGAAAUGUUAUUGAUAUCAAAUUAUCAAUGUCCUGAUUCUGGAGAAUAUAAUCAUAAAUGCCAACAUAUUUUCCAUUAUACAACUGAUGGAUUUAAAUCCAAGUCUCAAAAAUUACCUUUAAAUGCUCAUGUUUGUAGAUUUGCAAGAUCAAGUAAAAAUUCGGAAAUCGGAGAUGAAUCAACUAUAUAUUGUUCAGAAAAUCAAUUAAAUUCUCAUAAACAUAUAGUUCUGUCCAAUUUAUAUAGAUCAGAGGAUUUUUUUAAAAAUAAAAAAGAAAUCAAAUUAUCUGAAACAGGAAAUGGAGCAAUAAUUGACAUCAAAGUUGAAGAAAGUUUUAUGACUAUUGUUUCGAGAUUAGAUAAAUAUAGUGAACAUUCUAAAAUAAACUUAUAUGUGACAAGAAAUGGUGAUGAUUUCAAUAAAGCUGAUAUUCAAAUAGAUAUAAAAUAUGGAGUCAUGACAUUUUUAGAAUCCUCACCUUCGUCGUUAUUUUUAUCAGCUAUUGAUUAUAGUCAAGACAAAUCAAAAAUUUCAAAAUUAUAUAGUUCAGAUUCAUUAGGUUUAAGAUUCAAAGAAAUUUUAAGUAAACUUUCAUAUGUAAUGAAAAUUCAAUAUAUUGACGGAGCAUGGUUAGCAAAUGUUGAAGUGGAAGUUGAAGAUGAUGAUGAUGAACAAAAAUCCUUAUACGAUUAUUUAUUUGGUGGGAAUGCUGCGAAUGCUUUAAUUUCCAAGAUCUCUAUUGAUGAUGGUGAAAAUUGGCAAUUAUUAAAAUCAAAUGAUGAUCGUUGUAAAAUUGAGGAUGGUUGUUCAGUACAUUUAUGGACAUAUGGUCAACUAGGAGGCGAGGGUAAAUUUGAAACAGGUCCAACACCGGGAAUUUUAAUGGGUGUAGGUUCAGAAGGUAAACAUUUAGCUAGAAAUUAUGAUCAAAUGAAAACUUAUGUUUCAAGAGACGGAGGAUUAUCAUGGGAUCUUGCAUUAGAGAAUGCUUGCGUAACUUCAUCUGGUGAUAAGGGAAACAUUUUAAUGGCUGUUCCAUAUAAUAGUGUUGCUAAACAUGGACCAGUUGAUUAUUUCUAUUAUUCAUUAGACCAAGGUAAGAUUUGGGACAAAGUUAGUCUUGAAAAAGAGAUUUUUGUUAUUGACAUUCUCACUACUAUAGAUGGAACAUCUAAAAAGUUUGUAAUUGAUGGUUAUGCACCAAAUAGUAGAGGACAACCUAAGGAGAUAAUGUACUACAUUGACUUUGAUGGAGCAUUUGAUGGUAAAACAUGUACUGAUUCUGACUUUGAGGAAGUUUAUGCAAGACAAAAUGGAGAUGAUACACCUACAUGUGUAUAUGGUCAUAAAGAAAAAUUCAGAAGAAGAAAACAAGACGCUAAAUGUUUCGUUAAUCAAUUAUUUCAAGAUGUAAGAGUGUAUGAAGAUCCUUGUCAAUGUACUGAAAAAGAUUUUGAAUGUUCCUUGGGUUUUAAACCUAGUGAUAAAGGCGAUGCAUGUGUUCCAGAUCCUAAAAUGAUUACCAGUAUUUGUAAAGAAUCAGGCAAAAAUCAAAUUGAAAUUUUUGAUAAAUCUAAAAUUAGUGGAAAUUUAUGUGAUUUUGGAUCCAAAAAAAUUGAAGAUUUUGCUUCGAAAGAGACUUUUAAAUGUUCCGAUUAUACAAAACCAAAUGACGACAAUAGUGGUGAAAAAACGGAUAUUGUAGUUAGUAAAAAUGAAGUUGAGGGUCUCAUUACUCAAUAUGUUUACGUCAAUACGGAUGCUGAUGCAAAAAUUGCCGACAACAUUGUUUUGAAAACUAAUGAAGAACGUGUUUAUGUUUCUAAUGAUGGAGGUACUGGAUUCACAAGAGUUCCAGUUCAUGAUAAAAUUCUAGCAUUUUAUACUGGUUUAGUUCCUGGUCAAGUUAUUUUAGUCACUGAUUCGACUACUUUUUACUAUUCAAUUGAUGGUGGAGGAAUGUUCAGAAAAUUUAAAGCACCAAAUAAGCCUGUUGCAUCAUCUCCAUCACAAGUUUCAUUUCAUAAAACUGAUGAAAGAAAGUUCAUUUGGAUGGGCGGAGAUUGUGAAAGAAAUGAUAGAAAUUGUGAAGCAUCGGCUUAUUUUACGACAACAGGUGGAGAGAGUUUCAAAAAAAUUAUGGACAAUAUUAUAAUGUGUGAUUAUGUUGGACCGGUUUUUGAAAAAAGAAUUGAUAAUUUAAUUUAUUGUUCUGUUAAAGAAGAAAAUGGUAAAAAAUCAUUAUAUUCAAUUGAUGGUCUGAAGAAACCUGAUAAAAUAUUUGAUGACAUUGUAGGAUAUGCAAUUACUGGUCAUUAUGUUGUUGUUGCAAUUAUUAAAGAUGAUUCAUUAGAAGCUAAAGUUACUGUUGAUGGUACAACUUUUGCUGAUGCUGAUUUCCCUAAAGACUUAAAAGUUGGUAAACAUCAAGCAUAUACUGUUUUAGAUUCAAGUUCGAAUUCUAUUUUUAUGCAAGUUGAAACUAAUUUAGAACAAGGGUUUGAAUAUGGUUCAUUAUUGAAAUCAAAUUUAAAUGGAACUUAUUUUGUUUUAUCUUUGGAACAUGUGAAUAGAAACUCAGUUGGUUAUGUUGAUUUUGAUAGAAUUGAUAAUUUAGAAGGAACAAUUGUGGCAAAUGUUGUUGCAAAUUAUAAGGAUAAAAAGGGAACUAAAAAAUUACAAACUUUGAUUUCAAGAAAUGAUGGUAGUGAAUGGGACUUUUUAGCUCCACCAGUUGUUAAUUCAAAAGGUGAUAAAUAUCAAUGUAUUGGACAACCAAGAUCUAAAUGUGCUUUACAUUUACAUGGAUUUACCGAAAGAGCUGAUUAUAGAGAUACUUAUUCAUCAGGGUCAGCAGUUGGGUUUUUAAUGGGUGUUGGUAAUGUUGGUGAAUAUUUAACAGAUCUUGACUCAUCAUCAACAUUUUUGAGUAUCGAUGGAGGAAUUACAUGGAAAGAGGUUAAAGAUGGAGUUUAUCAAUGGGAAUACGGAGAUCAAGGAACUAUAUUAACAUUAGUUGAUGCUGUUAAAGAAACAGACACAUUAAUUUAUUCAUUGGAUGAAGGUAAAUCUUGGAAUGAUUAUAAAUUUACUGAUACUCCUGUUAAAAUAUUAGACCUUACAACAGUACCAACUGAUACUUCACGAAAAUUUUUGAUUUUAGCUGCUCAUCCAAAAGAAAGAAGAGAUACUUUAACUUUUUCAAUUGAUUUUACAAAUAUUUAUUCAAGACAAUGUCAAUUAGAUCUUGAUAAACCAAAUCAAGAUGAUUUUGAAUAUUGGUCUCCAUAUCAUCCUGAAGGUGAAGAUAAAUGUUUAUUUGGUCAUGAAUCAAUGUAUUUAAGAAGAGCUAUAAAUCAUAAUGAUUGUUUUAUUGGAUCAGCACCAUUGAAUGAAGGUUAUAAAAGAACAAGAAAUUGUUCAUGUACAAGAAGAGAUUAUGAAUGUGAUUAUAAUUAUCAACGUGAUAUAACUGAUAAUACAUGUAAAUUAGUUCCUGGUUUAACUGCAGAAGAUCGUAAAAAGGAUAUGUGUUCAAAACCUAAUGCAUUUCAAUAUUUUGAAAGUACAGGAUAUAGAAAAAUUCCAUUAUCAACAUGUGAAGGUGGAAAACAAUUUGAUUCCUUUUCUCCAAAACCAUGUCCAGGAAAAUCAAAAGAAUUUGAUGAAUAUUAUGGUAGAGAAGUUAAAGGUUCAAAAUUAUUUAUAGUAUUAUUUGUUCCAUUAUUAGUUUUCAUUUUUGCAACUUGGUUUGUUUAUGAUAGAGGUAUAAAAAGAAAUGGAGGAUUUGUAAGAUUAGGACAAAUUAGAUUAGAUGAAGAUGGAGAAGACGGUUUCAAUCCAAUUGAAAAUAAUCAAGUUGAUGUGAUAGUAAAUAAAAUUGUAAAAGGUGGUAUUUUUACAGCAGCAGUUAUAAUAGCAAGUUUUAAAACUAUUAGAAAAAUAGAUAAAUUAUUAAUUGAUAAAAUUGGUAAUAAUAUUUUUAAAAGACCAGGUAGAAGAAAUUAUGUUUCAAUACCUGAAGAAGAUGAUGAAUUAUUUGGAGAUUUUGAUGAAAAUGAUGAUAUUGAUGAUGAAUUAACAAAUGGUGUAAGAUUUAGUCAAGAUUUUUUCAGAGAUAAUAAUCAUGAAGAAAAUGAAGAUGCUCGAUCUUUUAAAGAAUCUGAUUUGGUUGAUUUUAAUGGUGAUAAAUCAAAUAAGAACAAUGAUCCAACAUCAACAAAUGAAAGUUUGUUUAAUAUUGACGAUGACGAUGAUGAUGAUGAGGAAGAGAAUGAAAAUCCACCGAAAAAGUAA